UUAUUAAAGAAAUGUCUAGUUUAAAUGCCACCAUUUCUCUCUCGGUUGACUUUACAAGUCCGGGAGACUUUUUCAUUUUUAUUUACCACAUAGUGUUCGCCACAUGCGCGGCUCUGCUCGCGGGCUCUGUGGUCCUGGGGAUCCUGUGCACUCGGGCGCUGCGCCAGCAGAACCGCUUCAUCUUCAUGCUGAACACCAGCAUUAGCGACACCCUCACCGGCUUCUCCGUCUAUUACCUCGGGCUUUUCGACGUGCAGGAGGGUUAUCCGUCCCGAAACAGCACCUUGUACAUUUUGCCCUCGUUUUUAGGCGUGAACGUGAUGACGUUUCUGUUCGCGCAGUUUGACCGCUACUUGGCUGUGGCGCACCCGUUCUUUUACAACCGCUUCAUCGCGCGCUGGUUCGUCGUCGCGUGCUGUGUGUUCUGCUGGGUGUACACCUACUUACUUCUGACUAUUCAAAAUGUUUUACCAGUCACACAAGCUGUCAAACUGAUCGCCUUCGGCGUCAUGACGUUGCAGAUAAUAGUUGUGAUCAAAGUCUUGAUGACCAUUAAGUUAUAUAUCAUAGCCAAGCACCAGCUCGGACGCGAGGCGCCCAGUCCGGAGAGAGACAGCAAGAAAGAGUCCCUGCGUCUCAUCGUGUUCGUGGUGAUGUGUUUUUUGUCGCUGUGGUGUCCCUCCUUCGUGAAUAUCAUGAUCAGAUAUCUGUCAAACGGCGGGUUGCGCUUUAGGAACGAAGCGACCAACGCGUUCGCCAUCAUGGCGCGCUUUAACGCGCUCAGCACUCCUGCGCUUUACAUAUGGGGCAGUCCUGCUCUGCGCACCGCUGUGUGGACACAGGUGUGGAGAAGAGUGUGUACACCGUGCCACGUCAGGACUACAAGGUUCCUACACACACUAUCUUCCUGCACAAAGCCUGUCUGAUAUAUAUACAUACAUAUAUAUAUACACACACCUUGGUAUUCUGUAAAACAGGGGUGUCCAAUCUUAUCCGGAAAGGGCCGGUGUGGGUGCUGGUUUUCAUCCCAACCAAACUGAAGCCACACCUGAGUCUAUUGAAAGCCAAGAUCUACUGAUUAAACAGGUGGAAUCAGGUGUGGCUCCUGCUUGGGUGGAAUGAAAACCUGCACCAUAAGAUUGGACACCCCUGCUGUAAAACCUAG